GGAGGAGGCGGAGCGAUGGCGGCGGCGGCCGCGGGCCCCUUCAGCCUCAGGGAGGUUCUGGACGCCUUCCGGAGGUGCGUGACGGAGCAGCGGGAGGUGCUGCUGGAGCCCUACCUGAGCGGCUGGCGGGGGCUCAUCCGCUUCCUGCAGAGCCUGGGCGCCGUCUUCUCCUUCAUCUCCCGGGACGCGGUGGCCAAGGUGUCUCUGCUGGAGGCUCACCGCCAGCAGCACCGCUUCGUGUCGCUGCAGUCGCUGGUGCAGCACGAGCUGGCGGCGGGGCCGGCGGCGCUGCGGGCCCGGCCCGACUCCGGCUGCCGCACGGUGCUGCGGCUGCACCGCGCCCUGCGCUGGCUGCAGCUCUUCCUCGAGGGGCUGCGCUCCGGGGAGCCGCGCACCUCCGUGCUCUGCACCGACGCCUACAACGCCUCGCUGGCCCAGCACCACCCCUGGGUGGUCCGCAAGGCGGCCACCGUGGCGUUCUGCGCGCUGCCCUCCCGCGAUGCCUUCCUGGAGAUCAUGAACGUGGGCUCGCCCGAGGAGGCCGUGGCCAUGCUGGGCGAGGCCAUCCCCUACAUCGGAGACGUGUACGGCAUCACCCAGGAGCUCUUCGCCGAGCACAAGCUGCUCGACCUGCCCUGACUGCUGAAAACGACAUUUUUGCACGAGUUUCUGCUUCUCUGUCCGUGGUUAUUUCCACUUUUGCAGCCCGGAGCUGAGGAGUUGGCAAAACUAUUCCAUGUUAUAAAUGUGGACCGGUUCUUUUUUAGCAUCUGUCAGUUCUUUUCUUGCAUCUCUACAGUUAGAAAAGGAAUUCUACAUCAGGUUGAGCUGCUAAGGGAUUGAUUUUUUUUUUUAUUCCCAGUUUUCAGCAUCAGCUAGGAGCUCUUUGUGCAGCACAAGCUGCUCAACCUGCCCUGACUGCUGAAAACAACAUUUUUGCACGAGUUUCUGCUUCUCUGUCCGUGGUUAUUUCCACUUUUGCAGCCCGGAGCUGAGGAGUUGGCAAAACUAUUCCAUGUUAUAAAUGUGGACCGGUUCUUUUUUAGCAUCUGUCAGUUCUUUUCUUGCAUCUCUACAGUUAGAAAAGGAAUUCUACAUCAGGUUGAGCUGCUAAGGGAUUGAUUUUUUUUUUUUUAUUCCCAGUUUUCAGCAUCAGGCAGGAGCUCUUUGUGCAGCACAAGCUGCUCGACCUACCCUGAUGGGUGAAAACAACAUUUUUGCACAAGCACAAGCCUCUGGUUCUCUGUCCAUUUAUUAUUUGGUUAUUUCCACUUUUUCUUUCCAGCCUGGAGCUGAGGAGUUGGCCAAGUUAUUCCACUUUAUAAAUGUAGAAUAGUUUUUUUUUUUUUACACAUUUUUUCUUUUUUUUUUACAUCUGUCAGUUCUUUUUUUUUACGUCUCUACAGUUAGGAAAAAAGUUCCACAUUAGGAUGAGCUAUGUAGAGCUCUACAGGUAGAAAAAAAAAAAACACCUCCACAUUAGGAUGAGCUGCUAAGAGGUUUAUUUUUUUUAUUCCCAGCAAGGCUGGAAGAGAUUUUUCUUUUCAAGCCCAGCUCUGUGCAUUUACAGCAAUAUUUGGCAGCACAAACUGGAGCUCUCCUACACCCCGUGGCAGCUCACCUGGCCACUUUGGCUUAGACAAAAAAAUCCCACCUGGGGGCUUCACCUGCAGCAUUUAAUGCUGAGUAAUGCCCUGGGGAAAUGAAAUUUCCCUGUCCUUGUGGGAGCUGAAGGAAAUGGGGGUGGAUGGAAGGGAAGAGUGUUCCUGGAGCAGGGAUCCACCCAGCAGCACCUUCCCUCCGUGUCCCUUCCCUGUUAAAUCCGUGAUUUUUGCACAAAAUUUCAUUUAUGCUGCACAAUCCCCUCUGUCCGGCCCAGCCUGGAGCUGUUUGCUUCCGAGUUGUGUUCUUGCGUGUGUAAUUUUUAUUUUUAUCAGUGUGUUAAAUGCCUACAAAAAAGGGUUUUCCUGCCUCUCUGAGGGGGGAAUCCACACUUGUACUGUAAAUCACAGCUUUGUGAGGCUUCUGCCUUCUCCUGGAAGAGCCAAGGGAUGUCAGAGGGGAUUUACUGGGGGAACUCACUGGGUUUACAUUUUGGGGAGCUGGAAAAGCACUGCAGGGUCAGUCCAGGACUGCAGGGACACCUGGGGGACUCCUGCAGGCUGCUCGUCUCUUUUUGGCCUGAUGUAACGCUGAAAAAUUCAGGAAAUCACUAUUACCUCACGGGGACUGGACUCACUGGACAUUAAAUGAUGUGAAAAAUG